AUGGCUGCAAUCCAGGCAGUUGAGACGGAGUUUCCGCAUGCUGAAGUAAAAGGGUGCUUUUUUCACUUUACACAGGCCAUUUGGAGGAAAACUCAAGAACUGGGUCUUGCUGUUUUGUACAAAGAAGAUCCAGCUGUACAGACAUGGAUUCGGAGGGCUGCUGGACUACCACUUUUGCCCAUUGCACAAGUACAGGAUGCAUGGUUAGAAGCCAUGAAUGACGGACCUGAUGUUCCACAGGCGGAGGCAUUUAAUGAUUAUGUUGUUUUAACAUGGGUAGACGAUGACUCCAGAUUCCCUUUGAUUGUAUGGAACCAUCAUCUGACCACUGGCCCAAGAACAAAUAAUAAUCUGGAGGGAUUUCAUUCCAGAAUGAAUCGUUCAAUCCAAGUUCAUCAUCCAAACAUAUACCGCUUUGUAGAAUUAAUCAAAGGAAUAGAGACCUCCGAACGUGCUAAAUUGAGACAGAUAAACUUUGGAGCUGCCCCACCACCAAGAAAGAGAGUGUAUAAGCAGAAUGAAAAUAGAAUCGUGAGAAUGAAGGCGCAACUAACCCUUGAACAGAAAACGCCCAUUCAGUUCUUGGAUGCCGUUGGACAUCUGUUAAAAUUAGUAUAA